AUGGCAUCAGCAGAACAGCCGAAGGUCAAGCUCUACUGGCUUGAAAAAUCUCGAUCCCAACGUAUCCUCUGGCUCCUGGAAGAACUCAAUGUUCCCUAUGAAGUAGAAGUGUUUCAUCGCGAUCCAGUAACCUCUCUUGCACCGCCAGAACUUAAAAAAGUGCAUGCGCUCGGAAAAUCCCCAGUCUUAUCAGUAACACCAUCUGGAUCCAGCGAAGCAGUGGUGAUUGCCGAGAGCGCAAACAUAAUUGAAUAUGUUUUAGAGCAUUGGGGAAAGGAGACUACACUGUUACCUCAAAGAUACAAGGAGGGACAGGAAGGAAAGGUUGGGGGAGAGACAGAGGAAUGGCUGAGGUACAGAUAUUUUAUGCAUUAUGCCGAGGGAAGUUUGAUGAUCCUGAUGGUGUUGAAGAUUAUUGCCAAUAAUAUUUUAAUGAGCUUUCCACUCAUCGCGGGGAAGGGUAGGGCAGGUAUGUCAGAGGAGAAGCAUCCAAACCUGUGGGCUUACACGACGAGGUUGGAGAAAGAGACCGGAUAUGAGAAAGCUGUACAAAAAAUUAUCGAGAUUGAUGGUAAAUUUGAGGCGUCGAUCUAG